AUGGCUUGCGCGGCUCCUCCCGGCCCCCUCCCCGCUCGCCGCAGCGCCACGGCGGCCCGCGUGGUCUUCGCCGUGGGGCCCCACCCGCCGCGAUUCUACGGGCGUUUUAAACCCUCCACGGGAGGCGCGGCACGCUCCAGCCUGCGCGUCGUGGCGUCUAGCUCCAAGGCGGACCCAGUAGAGGAGAGACCCCCAGUCGCGUCGCUCGCGGACGUUCCAGUCUCGUCCGACGCGUCCUCGCCGGUGGAGCCUCAGCCCCAAGUAAGCACCGGCACAUGGAAAUGGAGGGGCUACAACAUUCGCUACCAGUACGCUGGGACAUCAGGCCCUGCAUUGGUUCUAAUUCACGGGUUCGGGGCAAACAGUGACCUUUGGCGGAAAAAUAUUCCUGUUCUAGCCGUGGCACACAGGGUAUAUGCGAUAGAUCUAAUUGGUUAUGGCUAUUCUGAUAAGCCUAAUCCACGUGAGAUCAGAGAGAACUUUUAUACUUUUGAGACAUGGGGAGAACAGCUGAAUACAUUCUGUGCUGAAGUGGUCCAGAGUGAAGCUUUCUUCAUAUGCAAUUCAAUUGGAGGGGUUGUUGGUCUGCAGGCAGCUGUUAUGGAACCUAAAAAAUGUAAAGGAAUUGUUUUAUUGGAUAUUUCAUUAAGGAUGCUUCAUAGCAAAAAGCAACCAUGGUUUGCAAAGCCUUUCAUCAAAUCUUUUCAAAGUCUCCUAAGGAACACUGUUGUUGGGAAGCUAUUUUUUAAUGCUGUCGCUACACCAGAAUCUGUGAAAAAUAUUCUUUGCCAGUGCUAUCAUGACACAUCUGCAGUGACACAUGAGCUAGUUCAGAUUAUUCUACAGCCUGGGCUUGAUCCUGGAGCAGUGGAUGUAUUCCUUGAGUUCAUCUGCUACUCUGGAGGACCUCUACCUGAAGAGUUACUUCCGUUGGUCAAGUGUCCAGUUUUGGUAGCAUGGGGGGAGAAGGACCCAUGGGAGCCUGUUGAGCUUGGAAGAGCCUAUGCAUCUUUUGAUACAGUUGAAGAUUUUGUUGUCUUGCCAGAUGUUGGACACUGCCCUCAGGGCCUCAAUUUGAUGGAAAAUGGGAAUGCACGGUUAACGAAUGAGUCCUGUCAGGCUAUGCAAAAGAAGAACACGUAUUCUCAGAGCAGAGAGCUCACCGGUGGCACUGGCACCACUGUUUCAGUUUCAGAAGAUGGAGGAUUUGACAAGGGCAGCAUAGACCUUGGAGGCCUAGAGGUGCGCCAAGUCACCACAUUUGCCAAGGUCUGGUCCACCACGCAAGGCGGCCAAGACGGCCUCGGCGCCACCUUCUUCAAACCCUCGCCGGUCCCCGCCGGCUUCUCCGUGCUCGGCCACUACGCGCAGCCCAACAACCGGUCACUCUUCGGUCAUGUCCUCGUCGGCCGGGACACGUCUGGCACCGGUGCACUCCUCGUCGCGCCAGUGGACUACGCCCUCGUCUGGUCCAGCCCGGACGGCGCCGGCCACUUCUGGCUCCCCACGGCGCCCGAAGGCUACAAGGCCGUCGGCGUGGUGGUCACGGCCGCGGCGGACAGGCCUUCACCCGACGAAGUCAGGUGCGUCCGCGCCGACUUCACCGACGCGUGCGAGACCGAGGACUCGGUGUUGAGCAGCGACAAGGAUGGCUUCAGCGCGGCCACCCUGAAGCCGGCGGUCCGUGGCAUCGACGCCCGUGGCGUGCACGCUGGCACGUUCCUCGCUCAGAGCAGCGCGACGCCGGCGGGCGCGUCGACGACGCUGGCGUGUCUGAAGAACAACAGCGCGAGCUACACGUCCUCCAUGCCUGACCUGGCCCAGGUGAACUCCCUCCUCGCGGCCUACGCGCCGCACGUGUACCUGCACCCGAACGAGCCCUACCUCCCUUCGUCGGUGACGUGGUUCUUCGAGAACGGCGCGCUGCUGUACCAGAAGGGCAGCCAGACCCCGACGCCGGUGGCCGCCGACGGGUCCAACCUCCCGCAGGGCGGUGGCAACGACGGCGGGUACUGGCUCGACCUGCCGGUGGACGGUAACCAGAGAGAGAACGUCAAGAAGGGAGACCUCGCCGGCGCGAAGGUGUACGUGCAGGCGAAACCGAUGCUCGGCGGGACGGUGACCGACCUCGCUGUGUGGAUCUUCUUCCCGUUCAACGGGCCGGCGCGCGCCAAGGUCGGCCUCAUCCCGUCGAUCCCGCUCGGCAAGAUCGGCGAGCACGUCGGCGACUGGGAGCACGUGACGCUGCGCGUGAGCAACUUCUCCGGCGAGCUGCUCCGGAUGUACUUCUCGCAGCACAGCGCGGGCACCUGGGUGGACGCGUCGCGGCUGGAGUACCUCGACGGGGACGGCGGGAACAGGCCGGUGGCGUACGCGUCGCAGCACGGGCACGCGUUCUACCCGAACGCGGGGACGGUGCUGCAGGGAAACACGAGCCUGGGCAUCGGGAUCCGGAACGACUGCGCCAGGGGGAGCAGGCUGGACACCGGCGCCGGGCGGUGCGAAGUGGUGUCGGCGGAGUACCUCGGCGUCAAGGAGCCGGCGUGGCUCGGCUUCGAGCGCGAGUGGGGGCCGCGGGAGGAGUACGACAUCGGGCGCGAGAUCAACCGCGCCGCGAGGAUCCUGCCGCGUUCGGUGAGGGAGCGGCUAGCCAAGCUGGUGGAGAAGGUGCUCGUCGGGGAGGGGCCGACGGGGCCCAAGAUGCACGGUAACUGGAGAAACGACGAGAGGGAAGCUUGA